AUGGAAGAGGGAAAUCACUCGGUGGCAACUGAUUUCAUUCUCUCAGGACUGACUGAUCAUCCGGAGCUGCAGGUCCCCCUGUUUGUGUUGUUUCUACUUAUAUAUGUUUUCACUGUGGUGUGGAAUGGGGGGAUGAUGGCGUUAAUCACAACUGAUUCCCAACUCCACACCCCCAUGUACUUUUUCCUCUGGACUUUGUCUUUCUGUGAUCUCUGCUGUUCCACAGUAGUAGCCCCUAAGAUGCUGCAGGAUUUCUUAUCUGAGAAGAAAAGCAUUUCCUACACUGCCUGUGCUGUGCAGAUAUUUUUCUGUAUCUUUUUCAAUGAUUGUGAGUGUUUCUUGCUGGCUGUGAUGGCGUAUGACCGUUAUGUGGCCAUCCGUAACCCACUGCUCUAUACGGUCAUCAUGUCCAGGCAGCGUUGCAACCUGCUGGUAGCUGGGGUGUGUGUUGUGGGGUUCGUGGAUUCAGUGAUACAGGUGUAUCUGACAUUCCAGCUGUCAUUCUGCCGCUCUCAUGUCAUCAAUGAUUUCUUCUGUGAUAUUCCCCCACUGCUGGUCCUCUCCUGCUCUGACACCCGCAUCAGUGACAUUGUGCAGUUGGCUGCCAUGUUCUACAUUGUAGCAAUCAGUGUUGUGACCACCCUCCUCUCCUACGUCUAUAUCAUUUACACCAUCCUGCGGAUCCGCUCUGCCGAGGGUCGGCUCAAAGCCUUCUCCACCUGCGCUUCCCACCUGGCUGCAGUGGGAUUGUUUUAUGGCGCCCUCCUCUUCAUGUAUUUCCGACCCACCUCCAGCUACUCCAUGGACACGGACAAAAUAUCUUCAGUGUUUUACACACUGGUGAUCCCCUUAUUGAAUCCCCUCAUCUACAGCCUGAGGAACAGGGAGGUGAAGGACGCCCUGAGGAAUUCACUGAGGAAAGCCAUGAACAAACUCCUGACAAAGUCCUGA